AUGACCUAUUUCAGGCACAUAGAGCCACAGAAUUUCACAGACAACUCAGAAUUCCUCCUUCUGGGCCUUUCUGAGGAUCCAGAACUGCAACCCCUCUUCUUUGGCUUGUUCCUGUCUAUAUACUUGAUCACAGUGUGUGGGAACCUGCUCAUCAUCCUGGCUGUCAGCUUUGAUCCCCAUCUCCACACCCCCAUGUAUUUCUUCCUCUCCAACCUGUCCUUCACUGACAUUGCUUUCAUCUCCACCACUGUCCCAAAGAUGCUGGUGAAUAUCCAGACACAGAGCAAAUCCAUUGGCUAUGAAGGCUGCCUGACACAAGUGUGCUUUUUUUAUUUCUUUGUGUGUCUUGACAGUAUGUUUCUUACAGUGAUGGCUUAUGAUCGACUUGUGGCCAUUUGUCACCCGCUUCACUACACAAUUAUCAUGAACCUCCGACUCUGUGGUUUGUUACUUUUUGUAUCAUUUCUUAUCAGCAUUUUGAACUCCCAGUUGCACAUUUUAAUGGUGUCACAACUUACCUUCUGCACAGAUGUGGAAGUCCCUAGUUUCUUCUGUGACCCUCUUCAACUCUUUCCCCUUGCCUGUUCUGACACCUCCACCAUUAACAUAUUAGUUUAUUGUACUGGUGUCAUCUUUGGUGGUGUUCCAGUCUCUGGGAUCCUUUAUUCUUAUAUUCGAAUUAUUUCCUCCAUUCGGAGAGUCUCAUCUUCUGGUGGAAGGUAUAAAGCCUUUUCCACAUGUGGCUCUCACCUGUCAGUUGUGUUCUUAUUUUAUGGAACAGGACUCGGAGUGUAUCUGAGUUCAGCUGUCUCACCUGCCAGGGAGGGUGCUGUGGCCUCAGUGGUGUACACUCUGUUUACCCCAAUGCUGAACCCCUACAUCUACAGUCUGAGGAACAAGGACAUAAAGAAAGGACUGUGGAGGCUCGUCAAGAAAGCAUUCUAA